GAAUGAGGACAGAACCAUCAUUAUGUCGUCAGAAUGUGGGUUUUUUAUAUACACGUAAUGGGAAAUUCCCUUUUAUUAAAUAAAAAAAAGGAAACACUUUCGGUUUGGCUGUUAUUGCUUGGAACUCCUAGCACAGGUCUUGCUGAGCUCGUGAAGAUGGCAAUCGUAUAUCCUCUUGUCGUCAUCAUUUGCAUGGUUAUUUCAAGUCUUGACGAUGAAAAUGAGACCAAAAUCCUAAGAAAACACGUGGAGGAUCUCACCUGCACCAAGACUGUACCCCGAUGUUCACCUAAUUUUCACCAAAUAAUACGUAGUGUUGUAAGAUUCACGGCAAGCCUCACAAAAAUAAACCCCAUUAUAGAAAACCUACUUUUCAAGAAAGCUAAAGAAGGGUUAACAUCUUUUUGGGCAAGGGUUGAUCCACUCAGUGAUAAAUUGAACCCUAUUUGUGUGCAUGAAACAUCACAACAUAAAGAAAAAAGCUAUCCAUGGGAUACAAAAAUACUCAUAAAAUGCAUUCCUGGACAAAUGUUAUUUCUAUGCAGCAUAAAACCACAGAUGGUUAAUGAAACAAUAGAGACAUUAACUUCCCUUGAAAACAACGCAGAGAUCAUUGGUUUUGAAGAAGAGCAACGGACUUUUAAAAGUACGGAAAAGUCUUCCAUUGACGUUGGUUUAAUUGCAACAUUUCUUUGUCUUGUAUUCUGUCUACGUCAAUGUGAAAUUACUGUCAACUUGAAAAUGAAACAAAGUAAGAUGGAGAGGAUUUCUUUGAGAGUGACUCCAAAUUUCAAACAUUCUCUAGAAGAUGUUUUGACAAGUUUUAAUGAAAGUGAUUUUGUAAAUACAGAGCAUACAAAAAUUUCGCGAUGUUUAACAUUUCCAACUGCUAUUCCUGACAGUUCCAAGUUAGUAGUUUACCCAGCAUCUGCUGUUAGUCUUCUAGCGUCCUAUCGUCCUCUAAUGUACAUGGAGUUACCGAAUUCCGUCUUUUUCGUGCAAUUAUCUGCCCAUGGUUUUCGUUACCCUGGUACUGGUUCAUCAGUUUUGUGUGUAGGUUGUGAGAACUCUGUCGAUUUAUCGCUUUUCACAUCAGACCCAUCUUGUGCAAUAUAUCAUAAACCUGGAUGUCAAUUCGUUAAAGUUGGCACCAUUGAAACAGCUAGUACUCACUCCAGAGGAGGCACUCAAUCAGAAAGCACCCUAAGUUCUGAAGCUUCAAGAGGUAUAGAACACACCAGCCUUGAAGCAAGUCAGUCUUUCAGUGAAACAAGUUCAGUAUUACAAAGUCCAGCUUAUCCAGUAUAUAGGGACAGCAAGAAGAGAUUGGAGUCUUUUGUUAACUGGUCAACUGAUCACGUUCAUUCGAUAAAUGACCUGGUCAAUGAAGGAUUUUUUUACGCAGGUUACUCUGACUGCGUUCGAUGUUUUCAGUGCGGUUUAGGUCUGAAGUCAUGGAGACCAGGAGACAGCAUCCGCACCGAGCACGAGAGAUUUAGACCAUCUUGUGCAUUUCUAAAAACUCAAAUUAGUCAUAAGCCACGAUCUAAUAUACAUAACGAGCAAUCUCAGAUGUCAAGAGUGCAAAGUACGAUGGCUUCGUCCGCUACUUGUGGGACGGAUAAAACGAAAGACAAUGAAAACACAGAAGAUCUAGCUCAUAUAGCUGUACAGCAACAGCAGAUUGAAGAAAUACAAAUAGCUGCUGCAUCAGAAGAGAAAACUACAGAAGGAUGCAUCAAAUCUCAAGAAGCGAUAUCCCAGAAACUACUUCAAAGAGAGAAUGAAGCCUUGAAACAGCAGAUGAAAUGUAAAUCCUGCCAGACUGCCGAUGUCCAAGAUUUAUUUCUACCUUGUGGACAUAUGUCCACUUGUAAGCAAUGUUCUAAUAAAUUUUCACAAUGUCCAGCUUGUGGGAAGAGAAUUCUGGGAACUGUUAAUGUUUAUUUCGCAUAAAACUGAAAGAAAUAUAAAGUAUGAAAUAAUACUAAUAAUUAUAUUUUUCUAGAUAAAAUGACUUGUUCAAACUUAAUUGUCUGAAUACGUGUAUACAAAAAUUUUAUGCAAAAAAAAUUAAGCCCAUUAAAUUUAUUAAUGAAUUCUCUCAGUAUUUAACUUUAACACACUAACAUUUGAAGGUAACAAUAUCCCAGAAUGUUACCAUAGUUGAAUGUAACAAGAGUGUAAUAAUGAAAUGUCUAGCAUGGAAUGUAACAUGAUUUAUAUCCUCGUUGUUUGUUAUUGGAUUAAAGGCUUGUAACUUAAAUAACUUUAUUGUUACUUAUUUACUUCUUUUCUUAUUUACUUAUUCUACUCGUUCGUUACAUCUGCUUAGGGAUUAUUUAAACUUUUUAAUCAAAUCAUUGGUAUUGUACAGUGUUUCCCAAACUGUGGUCAGCGGAACUCUGGUGUUCCGCGAGGCCUGAAUAGGUGUUCCACGAACUACUGGAACAAUUAAGUAGAAAGCCAGCACGUGAACUAAUCUCUCUAACAAAAAAAUAAGUGAAAUGUUCCGCUAAAUACUCAGAAAGUGCGAAGUGUUCCGUUACGGAAAAAGUUUGGGAAUCACUGGUGGAGUACGUAAAACUUUUGACUCAAAUGAUUGGUUCAUUGUUACAAAUCUAUAAUAAGUCUUGUCUUCAAGUCCGAAGAUCACUGAGGAAUGCAGUAUUUCCCGUGGCUGAGCAGCCCAAACUGUGACCCACAUAUUUUGCCACACCAGGGCAAGCAUGACCAUUGUCACUGUCACGAGUCGAGUCUGUGACCUAUUUCGACCAGUUUCUAGAAGCUCGAGUUCAAACCAGUGCAAGUGUCCAGCGUAAACAAGUUAAUUUUAGGUAUCCAAUCAAAGAAAGAGGUUAAGGGAAAAAAUAGCAUACAUCAGCUUCUAGAAGGUCAAAGUUACUAAAAUAAUUAGGGGAGAAGUUUCCAUGAUUCUGGAAUGUACGAUUAAGAAAGGUAUAAAUUAAGGGAAAGUCAGUAAGACGGGGUCCUCGCAUAGUAGUAGUUCUUGUAGAGCGAUGGUCCUCGCUCAGUCCUCGAUUAUUAAUAAGUUUUGUGAUAUUAGUGGGUCCAUUAAGUAAAGUUUUAGUAUUUGAUGUUGAAGUUAAACUAAGUGAAGUUUUAUGUAUCUUUAAGUUUUAUUUAUGAAGUAUUAAGUCAAGUUGUUAUUGAAUGGAGAAGUUAAUUUGAUGUGAAAGUUGAAGAAGUAUUAUUAAAGAAGUUUUAAGAAAAUA